AAGCGCGCUCGCGUCUAUCCACGCCUAUAUAUGACGACUCCUGCAAGCGCGAGAAGCUAGCCGAUCUUUGAACUCAGCCAUCCACACCUGCAAAACCAAAGGAAUUAAGCAAGGAAGUAGCUAGGCGGAUAUCAUCGGAGGCACGCACGAUGGCCACCAUCUCUUCUUGCAGCCGCCUGUGCGGCGGCGGCAGCAGCACCGCCUUCCACCGCCGCCGCAGCCGGCCUGCGCGGGCCGCCGUCGUCACCUGCCGGAGGUUCUCCGCCGUCGUCCGCGCGGCCGCGGCCGCCUCUGCCACCGCGGCGGCGCCCGUGUCCGUCGUGCCGCAGACCAAGGAGGUGAAGCUUCCGACGUGGGCCGAGUUCGAGCUGGGGAAGGCGCCGGUGUACUGGAAGACCACCAACGGCCUUCCUCCAGCCCCUGGAGAGGGCCUGAAGAUAUUCUACAACCCAGGGACGACCAAGCUGACACCCAACGAGCAGUUUGGCAUCGCCUUCAACGGGGGCUUUAACCAGCCGAUCAUGUGCGGCGGCGAGCCGAGGCAGAUGACCCUGCAAGAGAGGGGGAAAGCCUGUCCCCCCAUCUACACCAUCAGGAUCCGGGUGCCGCAGCAUGCCAUGACACUGGUUUUCUCCUUCACCAACGGAAAUGAAUGGGACGGGGCAUACACCCUCAAGUUCAAGGUCCCCAAGCCAUGGCUCGACAAGCCUUUGAGCUUCUUCAACGAGGGGCUGGCUGACGAGCUCAACAUGGAGGGCGCCUGCGACAGGGCCAUCUUCCCAGAUGAGAACAUCGUCAUCACAAGCUGCGACAUCGGCGGCUUCUACGAGGAGGGAGGAGACCGGUGCAAGCUGGACAUCGUGAGCGGGUGCAUGGACCCGACCUCGCACAUGUUCGACCCACUGGCCACCAUCGACGACGGCUCCUGCCCGCUGGACUCUGAUACGGAGGAGUGACCACCACCAAGGCGACAUGAGCAGCAGCUUCACAAUAUGUACUCAUAAGACGAGGAGAGGAGCCACAAUUGGUCGAUGUGCAUGUCCUUCUCUCUCGUUUAUAUACUUGUAAAAAGGGAAUGGUUGUGAUACGAUCAAAGGAAGAAGGAUAGUACGACAA